GUCAAAGCAUUAAGCAAAAAGUGAAUAUCCUACUCUCAUUCCCAUUCAUGCGUAUUUUGUAUUUUGUAUUUUGAUGAAUCUAAAAAAUAUUGAAAUUAAUGAAUUUUAUUAUUUAAACGUGUUUGAUAAAAGUAUGAACUGUAUGGACUAGUAGCAUUGUGGUAUUUAAUAGUCGUUGAGAAUAUGAAUGAAGCCUCUUCAGUAGGAGGUCCUACAGGACCUUUAACCAUAAACAAGGAUCUUAUUGUUAAGGAAGGAUGGUUGCAAAAAAGAGGAGAGCACUGGAAAAACUGGAGACCAAGGUAUUUCAUCCUGCUCAAUUACGGAGCAUUGGUCGGUUUUAAAAGUAAACUAGAAGACUACUACCAUGUUGAACCACUAAACAAUUUUACUGUAAAAGGUUGCCAGAUCAUGUCCAUCGACAGACCAAAACCUUUUACAUUUAUCAUAAGGGGAUUGCAGUGGACUACAGUCAUUGAGAGGAUGUUUUGUGUUGAAAGUGAACAAGAAAGAGAAGAAUGGGUAGCUGCUAUAAAAAUGGUAUCUGAAAAGAUAUCAGAUUGCGAAGACGUAGAAAUGAAUCCAGCCAACAGCGAAACUGGCACUAUGGAAGAUCUAUGUGAGAAGUUCUCUCUCCAAGGUACUUCAAUUUCUAAAUCGACUGGAAAACGAAAAGUAACUCUGGAGAGCUUUGAGUUUAUCAAGGUGCUGGGAAAAGGUACUUUUGGUAAGGUGAUUUUGUGUAGAGAAAAGGCAACUGGCCGGUUGUAUGCUAUUAAGAUUCUCAAGAAGGAAGUGAUCAUUCAAAAGGAUGAGGUGGCUCAUACUCAAACUGAAAAUCGUGUUCUAAGAACCACUCAUCAUCCGUUUUUGACUUCAUUAAAAUAUUCUUUUCAAACCAAUGACCGUUUGUGCUUUGUGAUGGAAUAUGUCAAUGGAGGAGAACUUUUCUUUCACUUGUCUAGAGAACGGGUAUUUUCUGAAGAUAGAACUCGUUUUUAUGGUGCUGAAAUAAUCUCUGCCUUAGCCUAUCUCCACUCACAAGGUAUCAUUUACAGAGACCUCAAAUUGGAAAAUUUGCUUCUUGACAAAGACGGUCAUAUUAAAAUAGCAGAUUUUGGACUAUGCAAAGAAGAUAUAACUUAUGGAAGAACUACAAAGACUUUCUGUGGUACCCCGGAAUAUUUAGCCCCAGAAGUACUAGAAGACAACGACUAUGGCAGGGCUGUUGACUGGUGGGGAAUUGGUGUUGUUAUGUAUGAAAUGAUGUGUGGCAGAUUGCCCUUCUACAACCGUGACCACGAUGUCCUAUUUACUCUCAUACUGAUGGAAGAAGUCAAGUUUCCGAAGAAUUUGAGCACCGAAGCCAAGGAGCUGCUUGCUGGAUUGCUCGUGAAGGACCCCACGAAGAGAUUAGGAGGAGGACCUGAAGAUGCCAAGCAGAUUAUGGCUCAUCCCUUCUUCAGCAGCAUCAACUGGCGAGAUUUGGAACUGAAAAAGAUUCCUCCACCGUUUAAACCCCAAGUAAUCAGCGACAUCGAUACGAGAUACUUCGACUCGGAAUUUACGGGAGAAAGCGUCGAAUUAACGCCCCCGGACACCAGCAGACCUUUGGGUUCCAUCCAAGAAGAGCCCUAUUUUCCUCAGUUCAGUUUUCAAGAUUUAUCAUCUACAUUGGGCAGUUCAGCUUACAUUAGCGGCAGUAUGACUAGCGUAGCUCCAAUGCAGUGACUCCUGUUGUUGGCUAAUAUUCUGGGUACUUAUAAGGAUACAACCUACAUAUACACUAUAAGUUAUAAAUUAUCAUUUUUGUGAUAAUCUGAUAUACAUAUGUAAAUAAAAUAAACCAAUAAUUUGUUUUAAAAACAUACUGUAGUUCACUUGUAUAUAAAUAAGUUAUUCUAUUUUGUAGAUUUUGUAAUUCACAUUUUUUUAUGUGUAAUCUGGAGGAAGUUAAUUGUUUUUUUGCUUAUUCAAAAAUAAAUGUUACGAUAUUU